ACAAGCGCUUUUUAUGCAGCAGCAUGAAUUUGGCAGAGAUAUGUGACAACGCCAAGAAGGGUCGUGAGUACGCCCUGCUGGGGAACUAUGACUCCUCCAUCGUGUACUACCAAGGUGUCAUUCAACAGAUCCACAAGCACUGUCAGUCUCUCAAAGACCCAGCCCUUAAAGUCAGAUGGCAACAGGUCAAGCAGGAACUGACUGAGGAGUAUGAACAAGUGAAAGGCAUCAUGGCGACGCUCGAGAGCUUCAAGUCAGAGAAGCCGAUCGACAUCCUCGCUCCUCAGCCUGAGGAGAAACCUGAGGAUCCAGCAGUUUGGCCUCCACCAAUCCCUGCAGAGCACAGGAAUCCAAUUCCAGUGAAGCGGCCCAACAGUGGGAUGAAGCAGCAGAGGAAGGAAUCCCCUGGUCUGCAGCAUCGAGGAGCAGGACCAGGAGGCCGCGGUCAAGCUAAUCCUAAAGCAGACCGGCCAGGAUUCAGAGAGGCCCGGGGCACAAAGUCCAAAGAUGAUAAGGGAAAGAAACCGUCUGGAGAUGUACAGGGGGAUGUAGAGCAGAAGAAGUUUGAUGGCACAGGAUAUGACAGUGACUUAGUGGACUCACUGGAGAGAGAUAUUGUGUCCCGUAACCCUAACGUACACUGGGAUGACAUUGCUGAUCUGGAGGAUGCAAAGAAGCUGCUGAGAGAAGCAGUGGUGUUGCCCAUGUGGAUGCCUGAUUUCUUUAAGGGCAUUCGUCGCCCUUGGAAGGGUGUGUUAAUGGUCGGCCCUCCAGGGACUGGCAAGACCAUGUUAGCCAAAGCUGUGGCCACAGAAUGUGGGACAACUUUCUUCAACGUGUCCUCCUCCACGCUCACCUCCAAAUACAGGGGCGAGUCUGAAAAACUUGUUCGUCUGCUCUUUGAAAUGGCCAGAUUUUAUGCACCAACAACCAUCUUCAUAGAUGAGAUUGACUCCAUCUGUGGAAGGAGAGGAACAUCUGAUGAACACGAAGCCAGCCGGAGGGUCAAAUCAGAACUUCUGAUUCAGAUGGAUGGUGUGGGGGGAGCCCUAGAGAAUGAUGACCCCUCUAAGAUGGUGAUGGUCCUGGCAGCUACAAACUUCCCCUGGGACAUCGACGAGGCGCUGCGACGGCGGCUGGAGAAGCGGAUCUACAUCCCCCUGCCCACAGCUGUGGGUCGUGUCGAGCUUCUAAAGAUCAACCUGAGGGAGGUGGAGGUGGCUGAUGACGUGGAUCUGGAUCUCAUCGCAGAGAAGAUUGAGGGCUACUCUGGAGCUGACAUCACCAACGUCUGCAGGGAUGCGUCCAUGAUGGCAAUGCGCCGUCGAAUCCAAGGCCUGAGCCCCGAGGAGAUCCGAGCUCUGUCCAAAGAUGAGCUGCAGAUGCCCGUGACCAUGGAGGACUUCACCCUCACGCUCAAGAAGAUCUCAAAGUCCGUCUCUGCCGCAGACCUGGAAAAAUACGAAGCCUGGAUGGCUGAGUUCGGGUCAGUAUAGAGAGCGGUGGCGAUCGGAACCCAGAGGGACCAGAACCUUGAAAGGAGGACUGACAGCUUUGAAAAUGUUGAAAGGCUUGAAGAGGAGGAGUUGAGUGAACUCUAGCAUGUGAACCAGGCAGCACAUCAGGGAUCAAGAUUACACAGGAGCUCAAGUUCACAUCAGAAGACUGGUGCCUUUGAGAGAACAUGAUGAAAACUUUCAGUGGCUUCACCGCUGCUCUUUCACCGUUGCUUCAACACAACUGUACGUGUAAAGAUGUCAAUCAUAAAGCUGCUGACUGAGUUAAGUGACCUGAGGAAGACACAGGGAACUUUUAAUGUAAAAAGUAGCCUAAUACACACAGGUAGGGAAUGUACUCUCGUUUCAGUUAGGCCUCAUGCAGGAACACUUUUUUUUUUCCUUAACCCCUCCUUGCUUUUUUCAAUGUAUGAAGUAGGUGUAGGUUAGCGAGAUUUAAUCGUGGAUCAUCAGCAUCGAUAAAAAAUUCUACAAAACCAUUCUGCUCAGUUUGUGGGCAAGUUUCCUUCAAAACAAUCUGAGAAAAAAAGAAAGAGUUUACACAUAAUUUAUGACUUUUAGCAGUGUAUGCAGUCAUAAUAAAAGACCUGAGACGAUUUAUAAGUCUUAACACAGGGAUGGAGGAGGCUCAUUUGGACUGUUGCCUUCAUGAAAAUCAUGAGGAGCCAACUGGUGUGAAAGAUGCUUCCCAACAAAUACUAAAUUGUUUCGGUUGCCAUGCCAAAAUGUGGCACGAGCUCUCACAAAAAAUGUGCCGAACCUGUCGUUAAACACAAUGAUGAUGAUGUGGAAGACGCAGUGUAAAUUCUUCCUGCUGCAAAUUAAUUCAGAUCAAAGAGUCACAUCCAGAACUUCUCUGCACGAGCUGUUUGAGACAUCUGGACUUCUUAUGAAUUUCAUUCAAAUACGGGACAAGUUCUCCUAAAUCACUUGCAUAUGCCACUUAUGAACAAAUCUGUUCUUGCAUGAGGCCUUUCGUCUCUCCAUGUGAGCACUUUUAAUGUAUUUCCUUCAGAAGCCUAUGUAUUUACUACUGACUGAACACACUUGAAUUGAACAGUGAUGUUGUUGUUGUAUAGUGACUGAUUAUGUGUUUGUUUGUAUUUCGUUGGUUUUAAUAUUUGUUUUCCGUUUUAGUUCUGUUGAGACAAACAAAUGUAGUCUGCCCAAAAAAGACGCGACCACUGGACUUGUGGAUUUUUUUUAUUAAAGGGUACGCUUAAUUCCCA